AUGAACGGGAAAGGAGCAGCCUAUGCGUCCAUAGCGCUUUCCAUUGGUGCCACGACGAUGAUAGUCCUUCUGGCAAGUCGUCUCUCUACGAAACUUGGUGAAAUAUCUGCUGAAGUCGAAAGCGAUAUGCGCGACUUUCGAGACAUGGAAAAGCAGGCCACAUAUCACGUGCGUGUAGCUCGUUCCACACGACGCAUUCUGCAUCCUCAUCGUACCGUACACAACCGUCCUAAUCGGCAAACUACGGGCCAAUGUCAGUGCAACGGUGAGAAUAACUGCCCGUCUGGACCGGCCGGUAUACCCGGUCAACCAGGAGAGGAUGGAACGCCAGGUCUACCAGGUGAACGUGGAGCUCCGGGUGCUCGUGGAAACGCUCCUCCAGUCACCUUGGAUGCACGUGGACAAUGCAGAGUGUGCCCUAACGGUCCUCCUGGACCACCAGGCCCACCUGGUCAACAAGGUCGGCCUGGACCCGAUGGUCCAAAUGGAGGUGGAUACGGUUCCUCACCACCGGGUCAACCUGGACAACCAGGACAAGCCGGCGAAGCCGGAAGGCCGGGUAAUCCAGGUAAAGCAGGACCUCCCGGUGACCGUGGAAGCGAUGGAACCAGAGGUGGCAAAGGACCCAAUGGUCCAGCUGGUCAACCGGGAGCCCCUGGAGAACACGGUCAAGCUGGCGAAAAUGGCCCACCCGGCAGGGAUUCCAUGUCAGGGGCACCUGGUCCAAGUGGACCUGAGGGACCACCAGGUGAAGCUGGAAUGCCUGGAAUGCCUGGACAACCCGGUCAACCUGGAGGACCUGGCAAAGAUGCUCACUACUGUCCUUGCCCCGGUCGUGGCUCUGUGCUGCUCAGUGCCAAUGUCAAUGUUCACAUGCGAGGUCGCGCACGAGCUGUUGCAGCUGUUGCACGAGGUCGCGCACGAGCUGUUGCACGAGGUCGUGCACGUACACACGUCAUUCGCAAGAAGGUAAAGAAGGUCAAGAAAGCCUAA